GAGGGUCGUUCCUUCUGCUUUUACAGCUGCAUAUUUUUCAGUCCAGUUUUCAGGGAAGAUUUUUCUGAUAAAAAAAUAAAACAGCUGCACCAGAAAGCAGACGGACGGACGGACGGACGGAGGGAGGGAGGUAAUGUAGCCUGGCUGGAAAAGACGAACUGAACAUUAAGAACGAGAAUAACUUUCAAAGACCACAUGUCAUAUUGAUUGAUUUCAAUAAUUUAGCCUACUGCUGCUAACUUAACACCCCCGUGUGUUGGAUUCGAUCUGUCCUACUUCUGGUCAAUAUCUAUCUGCGGACAUGUUGCGAUGUCUUUAUUCACAGAAAAAUUGAAAGUUGCCAUCUGUCUUCUAAUAACUUCAGCAGAUCCAAUUCCCAUCGACACGAGGCCAAAUUUAAAAUAAACCUGCAUCGACGGCACUGCAGAUAAAAACAGUGAGUGAACGUAUAUGAUCUCUAACCUAGAACAGGGUGGCCCCUAAACACCGCAGCUGGACGCUCGAUGUGUGAAUCGGCUCCACGUGCGACAAGUUAUCUUCGCGUUUGGUUUUAAUUAAGCACAUUUCCAUCGACUUGGCCUCGCUUUUUUAAUUAUUUUCCCAUCGAUCCGCACUGUAACCCAACAUGGAGGUCAGUGAACAGGCUGCAGGCUGGUAUCAGAAACACACAUGCACACACAAACACACACAUGCACUGAAACACACACAAACACACACACACACACAUUUACAGACUUAACUUUCUCUCUGACUGUUUGAAAUGAUGUGCUGCCUCUCUUCCUCUUCAGGAUGGAGCAUGGAGACAGAGGGAUGGGCGUCUCUCACCUUCGCUAUGAGGAGGAGGAGGACCAUCAGUCCAUCUACAUCGGCGUCCCAGUGCCUCGAGGAUAUCGACGUAAGCGCAGGCGAAGGCGCUCUAGUCGCGAGGCUUCCGACAUGGAGAGGGACAGCAGACGCUACAGCCACCACAGACACCACGAGCACGAGCACGAGCAGGACCGCUACAGAGACAUCGAUAUAGAGGAAGGACUUAUGGAUUCAACCGAGCAGGGUCUCCAAGACAUCAACCGCACAAUGUCUCCGGCGGCCGAGCGGCUACGUUACAUCCUGAGCGAAGAGGACGACAUGCCCACGCCGACGCUCUUCACCGAGAUGGACACUCUGCAGCGAGAAGGAGACGAGCUGGAGUGGAAGGAGUCUGCCAGGUGGGUGAAGUUUGAGGAGAAGGUGGAGGAGGGAGGAGAGAGAUGGAGUAAACCCCACGUGUCCACGCUGUCGCUGCACAGUCUGUUUGAGCUCAGGACGUGUCUGCAGACGGGAACGGUGCUUCUGGACCUGGAGGGCUACUCGCUGCCUCAGAUCGUUGACGACAUCAUUGAGAGACAGAUCGAGGAGGGCAUGAUAUCUCCAGAGCUGAGGGACAAGAUCAGCUUCGUCCUGCUGAGGAAACAUCGACACCAGACCAAGAAGCCGAUCCACCGCUCGCUAGCCGACAUCGGCAAAUCCAGCUCUUCUACCGCAGGUCGGAACGUCGGGCCGAGAGGCGCGCCGGGUCCGGGCCCGGCGCCCAACUUCAACCGAUCCACAGAGGACCUCCGGAUGAAACAGCAGCCUGCGCCCAACUACGGCCGCCUGCGUCACGCUCAGAGUCGGAGUAUGAACGAUAUCGCAGACACUCCGAGCACAGACCAGCUAAAGAAUAAAUUCAUGAAGAAGAUUCCCAGAGAUGCGGAGGCGUCCAACGUCUUGGUGGGCGAAGUGGAUUUCCUCAACAAACCCUUCGUCGCCUUCGUCCGUCUGGCUCAAGCCACGACGCUAGGAGGUCUGACCGAGGUCCCCGUUCCCACCAGAUUCCUGUUUAUUCUCUUGGGACCUCAAGGAAAGGCCAAGUCCUAUAACGAGAUCGGUCGAGCGAUAGCGACGCUAAUGGUGGACGAUCUCUUCAGCGACGUGGCCUACAAGGCCAGAGAUCGAGAGGACCUCAUCGCAGGCAUAGAUGAGUUUUUGGACGAGGUGAUCGUGCUUCCACCUGGAGAAUGGGAUCCCAAAAUCCGCAUUGAGCCUCCGAAGAAAGUCCCCUCGGCUGACAAAAGGAAGUCUGUGUUUUCUUUAAACGAGCUGGGGCAGAUGAACGGAACGGCCGGAGGAAAAGGAGGUCUGGAUCAGGACGAGGAGAUGCCGGAGCAACACGAGCUCGGAGAGGAGCUGGCCUUCACUGGACGGUUCUGUGGUGGUUUGUUCCUGGACAUAAAGCGGAAGCUGCCGUGGCUACCGAGCGAUUUCUACGAGGGUUUCCACAUCCAGUCCAUCUCCGCCGUGCUCUUCAUCUACCUGGGAUGCAUCACCAACGCCAUCACCUUCGGCGGCCUGCUGGGAGACGCUACCGACAACUACCAGGGUGUGAUGGAGAGCUUCCUGGGUACGGCUCUGGCCGGGUCCGUCUUCUGCCUCUUCAGCGGGCAGCCCCUCAUCAUCCUCAGCUCCACCGGACCCAUCCUCAUCUUUGAAAAGCUCCUGUUUGAAUUCAGCAAGAACAACGGUAUAGACUACAUGGAGCUGCGUCUGUGGAUCGGGAUGCACUCCUGCCUGCAGUGCUUCAUCCUGGUGGCCACGGACGCCAGCUACAUCAUCAAGUACAUGACGCGCUUCACCGAGGAGGGCUUCUCCAGCCUCAUCUCCUUCAUCUUCAUCUCCGACGCCAUCAAGAAGAUGGUGGGCUCCUUCAAGUAUUACCCCAUCAACACCGACUUCAAGCCCGACUACGUGACCGCCUACAAGUGCGAGUGCCUGGCUCCAGACCCGAUGGCUGCAAUGAUCUUCAAUGGUUUAGUUCCAAUGCCAGAUAACAGCUCUAGUGUCUCUGGGUUGAAUGUGACAGCUCUGGACUGGAGCCAGCUGAGCAAGAAGGAGUGUCUGAAGUACGGCGGCUCUCUGGUGGGAAAGUCCUGCAAGUACGUCCCCGACCUGGCCCUCAUGUCCUUCAUCCUCUUCUUCGGCACGUACUCCAUGACCGUCUCCCUCAAGAAGUUCAAGUUCAGCCGCUACUUCCCCACCAAGCUGAGGAAGCUCAUCAGCGACUUCUCCAUCUUCAUGUCCAUCAUGACGUUCGUGGGGCUCGAUAUGCUGAUGGGACUCAAAACGCCCAAACUCAUCGUCCCCACAGAGUUUAAGCCGACUCGGCCCGAUCGUGGCUGGCUGGUGAUGCCGUUUGCGAAGAACCCGUGGUGGGUCUACGUGGCCAGCUUCGUCCCCGCCCUCCUGGUCACGAUCCUCAUCUUCAUGGACCAGCAGAUCAGCGCCGUCAUCGUGAACCGCAAGGAGAACAAACUUAAGAAAGGAUGUGGCUACCAUCUGGAUCUGUUCUGGGUGGGCGUCCUGAUGGCCGCCUGCUCGUUCAUGGGCCUUCCCUGGUACGUCGCCGCCACCGUCAUCUCCAUCGCCCACAUCGACUCGCUGAAGAUGGAGAGCGAGUCGAGCGCUCCCGGAGAGCAGCCUCAGUUCCUCGGGGUCAGAGAACAAAGAAUGACGGGCAUAUUGGUGUUUGCUCUCACCGGAGUCUCCAUCUUCCUCGCUCCAGUACUCAAGUUCAUCCCCAUGCCCGUGCUGUACGGCGUCUUCCUCUACAUGGGCGUCGCUUCCCUCAGUGGGAUCCAGUUCUGGGACAGGAUUAAGUUGUACAUGAUGCCGUCCAAGCACCAGCCCGACUUCUCCUACCUCCGUCACGUCCCGCUGAGGAAGAUUCACCUGUUCACGCUGGUCCAGAUCUUGUGUCUGGCCGUGCUCUGGAUCCUUAAAUCCACAUUCCUGGCCAUCAUCUUCCCCGUCAUGAUCCUGGGUCUGAUGGUGGUCCGAAAGAUGCUGGACAUGGUGUUCUCCCAGCACGACCUGGCCUGGAUGGACGACCUGCUGCCUGAGAAAGAGAAGAAGAAGAAGGAGGACAAUAAGAAGAAGGGCAAAGAUGUGGAGAAGGAGAAGAAGAAGCCCAAACAAGACGACAGCGAGGAAGAGGACAAGCCACACGUCUACUCCAACCACUCGCCCAGCUCAGAGUCGGACUUGGAUCGCAGCAUCACCCUCCACCUGAAGAUCUCCUGCCCGUCGUCUCCGGCCAUGCCUAUGGGCCGAGGGAUGGCCUGCCCCGUGCCCCAGGUCAAGAUCGAGAUGGAGUCGGACUACGACUCGGACCUGGACACCCACCGGCCUCGGGACAUGAGCAGUGAGACCACGUUAUGAAGCUGACGCUCGAUGUCUUGUUGACAGAACAACACUCACAGCGAGGUGUGGGACGAACUGCUCCAUGCAGCCGGUUCUGAUCCACGGACAGUUUAGGCUGGUACAGCUGUGAACAGACGGACACUAACAGACUGGCUGAAGCUGGACUGAUCCAACCGAUGGAGACGUUUAUGUUUUUAGCGGCAUCUGCUUUCAAAAUUGGUGCAUUUCUGACAGAAACUGCUCGAACAAGAUAUGAAAUACUAAAUUUAUUUAUUUACUUGUAUGAUGUAAAUAGCCACAAUAAGAGAGGAACUAUUUAUCUGUAUGUGCUGUAUAGGAAAUAUUAUAUUUGAUGUGAACAUAUUUAUCUUCAUACAUACAUAGCUAUGGAUACUGUACUAUAAUACAGUUACUGCAAAUCCAAACAAACUCUACCGUACAGUAACGUCACAUCAGCCUGCGUCUACAGUUUGAUUCUGCAGCAGGAAAAACAGGCACAAAGUUAUUGAUAACGAGGUUGUAACACCGACUGUACAAAGCCAUGCCUUCUUCUACAUUAGCCUUUGUUCACUGGUGUUUCUGUGUUUGUUUGAAUAUGUUGUUUUGUGCCUCUGAUCCCAGAGAACAACUCUCCUCUCCCUCCCGUCUCCCUCCAGUUCAACACUUCCAUAUUGGCACAUUAACCCGGAACAAAAAGAAACAACCAAAAAAAACAAAAAACAAAAGUUGUGAUGUUGCUGCAAAGGAUCGAUUUAUUGUGCAAGACGUAGCGUUCAGGUUUAUAUUUGUGACUCUGUAUGAGAAUGUAACUCACUUUCACAACACCACAUGCAAUAUGACAAUAACGACGCUCACACGUGAUGGAUGUUCAUGAACUGACCGAUAUUAUUCAUGUAAUUAAAAUUCCAUUAUUCCAAA